AUGGCGGUAUCCGGUAAAAAACUCCAGACUUAUGCCUCUGUCCUGUGCGCGACUUUCUGCCAGCCCUGCUCCCAGGACGGGGAAACCUUGCAAGCCGAGCCCUACUGUACUGUCUGCAAGGAGUUCAUGUGCUCUAACUGCACAAAUGUUCACAAGAAACUGAAAAUGUCGAAGUUUCAUGCACUCUUGGACAAGAGUAGAAUGCCGAUAGCUAUGCAGGGUGAGUCAGAUGCACCACAAAGCACCGAGACUUGCAACAUCCAUCCUGAAGAGUUAAUCAAAUACUUCUGUUCACCCCACCAGUCACUCAACUGCGGACAUUGCCUAGCCAAAGAACAUAGAACAUGUCAUGUUGACAUCAUCUCUGAAAUAUCAAGGGGCUUUAAAGGUAAAAAAGAGUAUACAGACAUCAGCAAAGCAAUUUCCGAAUUAACGCUCUUCAAUACUGUGCUGAAGAGGUUGAAACCAAAUUGA